UCAAGUCGUUAGAUGUAGGUGGAGUCUUCACCAACUUGUCAUAACUUUCAUUUGGUCAAAAGACAAAAGCAGUACUGUUCCCUUAAAGCACCCAUAGACUGUGUUUUUGUGUGAUUGUUGUAAUGGGCUACUGGGGAGUUUUGUUUGGGCUUCUCUUGUCCGGUGGAAUUUUUUGUGCUGCUUUGCAAAGCCUCAACACAAAUGGUACUGUCAUCACAAGCAAAAGAGUAUGGACUUGGACAAGGGCGCCAACACAGCUACGGACAACAGAUCAUCAUUCAAUCAAGAGAGAACAGAGCAGACAAGGACCUUUCUCUGUCAGCCAACGGCUCUGGAUCCAUCAGCUGAAGAGGCCUGCUGCUGAAGUGCAUGUUGAAAGCCUGCAAACACUGGAGGCCAAAGAGCCAACGCUGCAGCCCACUGCCCGAGAUGAUAUUUUGAAGACUAUAAUUCAAGGCCCAGAUCUUGACCCGCCCAUUGACCUGUAUCCAAAGGUGGUGGUUGACUUUGAGCAGCGGGUGCCCGUGCCAGCUCACAGUCUAGCAGUGCAAUGCAGUGAAGGAGAGGUCAUCAUAGAGGUCAAGGAGAACUUUUUAGGAAAUGGUCAGCUGAUCCAACCAACUGAUCUCACCUUAGGAGGCUGCGGUCUGUUGCACGUCGCUGACCACAUGCUGUAUUUUCAGACAGAGCUACAUGGCUGUGGUAGCACAAAGAAGAUGACAGAUGAAGCCCUGAUCUACACCUUUUCCCUCACUUACUCUCCUGCACCAGUUGGCAGCACUUUAAUUUUGAAGACUAACCCUUCCGUGGUACUAAUUGAAUGCCACUAUCCAAGGAGGCACUAUGUGAGCAGUGAUGCCAUGAUGCCUCAUUGGCAGCCGUUUGCUUCCAGCCUGUUAACAGAGCAGCAGCUUUACUUCUCCCUCAGGCUCAUGACAGAAGAGUGGCAGUCGCAAAGAUCCACCAGUGUUUACUAUAAGGGCGAGAUGAUGCAUAUUGAAGCCUCGACCCUCCAGGGCCACCAUGUUCCACUGAGGGUCUAUGUUGACAGAUGUGUGGCCACUACAACCCCUGCCCCGAAUUCCCAACCAGCAUAUACCUUUAUCGACAAUCAUGGGUGCCUAGUAGAUGCUAAGCUGACAGGAGCCAAGUCAUACUUCAUGCAGAGAAGCCGUGAGGAUAAACUCGCUUUCCAGCUGAAAGCCUUCAAUUUUGACCGGGAUCACAGGAAUUUGCUUUACAUCACAUGUUGGCUGAUGGCAACAGGAGCGUCUGUUCCAGUCAACUUGCAGCAGAAAGCUUGUUCCUUUUUAGUUGAAGCCAACAGAUGGGUGGCAUCGGGUGGAGACAACAAGCUGUGUAGUUGCUGUGAAAGCAGCUGCAGUGAGCAGAGGCGGAAAAGGGACCUCGGACAAGAUGUCGGUCUUUUUCCGCAUGGGCAGUGGGAGAGGAUGGCUCCUCAAGACUCCAUCCAAGUGGAGAAGGACACUGUGUCACAACCAGAAUCCAAUUCUACUUUUCACACCCAAGACUUUACACAAGUUGCUUCAUCCCGAUCUUCAACCGCAGUGAGUGCUGUGCUGGCAGGGGUGCUGCUCGCUGUCAUGACUUCUGCAAUUUGCAACAAAGUACACAAAUCAACCAUAAAGAGGCGACCGAUGCGCUGCUUUAUUGCCGGGGUAACGUUGACCCCCUCCCGUUGCCAACACACCAGAGGCUCAUAAAAAGCAAUAUCUAAUGAUGUACCAACGUGGAGGCAUGACAGUGACACAGGGAAGAAAACCCAUAAGCCUUUCCCUAAAAAAAUCAAUAAUGAGGUGAGACAUUUUUAUGAUAGUUUGUUAAUGAGACAAUAUAAGAAAACAUUUCAGCUGUAAUGCUCCACAAUGUUCACCAAAUGGGCUUCCUGCAAUAGUUAUUUUUUCCUCCUUGACAUUAUUUUGGUGUUUUAGCAUAUACAAAACACGGGGACAACUUUAUGAAGAGUAGCCGGUGCAUAAAAAGGUCUUGUCUGGUAUUUCGUGCUGAAGACGCACGCUCAGGUUCGGUGGCGCUGAGCUAAUGAAUUGGCAGUGGUUGCUGAACCUCGCUUUUCUCCGCCCACUGACCACGGGCGUAUGACCCCAAAAGGCACAAUCAGACGAGAUGCUCGUGCACACAUUGGUACGCUUGAGUACACGCCAUCAACAGUAAUGGAGUGUGUGUAAAACCAGCAGGGAGUAAAUUGCAUUGUUGGAGCCUACUUGGAGUUUAUGACGCCACUCCUUCAGGGCAAUGCAGCAGGCCUACUUGCUGUGAGUCAGCCACAACAUGAGCUUGAAAGGACGUGACUGCAGGUUUUGCAGCUGAACCCUUGACACGUUGCUUCGAUGAAAACCACCGCAGUUUUUCCUGAUUAAAAAUGUCUCUGUGUGUAUAUAUUUACAUACAGAAGACAAUCUUGUCAAGACAAUGCCUGUACGCAUGGAAAUUUGUCU